UACUGGUUGAUGGGCUGUCACUGGAGAACUUACUAGAUUGCUUCCACCUGCUGACUGGAGAAAGUAGCAAAACCACAGAUGAUGAUAUCACCCUGCGUUCCUGGCCCAAGGUCACUAUAGCAAGGACAUUUGUGACGCCUUUCACUCCACUCAUGCUGAAUUGUUCAGAUAAGACCCUUGAAGUACUGCCUAAAUAAGGGAAAAACCAUGGGGACGUUAAGCUUGCCGUAGAAGCAGACCAGCAUAGGCAUUCAACAAGUUGUAGAGUGCAAGCUAUUUUACCUUACUGGACUUUGCCAUUUUUCUAACUGAACGGAAGAAAUGAGAAUGCCGUUUCAAGAAUCUAGGGAGAAUGGAACUGAGGAGGAGGAUGAGAACUCUGAGGCAAAGGUGUUCCUUAAGCCUGUUAUUGAGGAUAGAAACAUGGAGCUUGCCAGAAGGUGCACUGAAAUGAUAAGUGACGUCCAUUAUAAAGGAGCAUAUGAAAAAUCUAAAGGCCAGUGCAUAUUUGUUCCUGACACCCCUCAGCUAAAGCAUGUGAAAAACAUCUCUGCCUUUAUUUCUGAGGCACAAUACAAAGCAGGUGCAAAGAAAGACCUCUCCAACUCAAUCUACCAGCAGAUGCCAGCCACAAUUGACAGCGUGUUCGCAAAAGAAGUUACGCAGCUUCAGAGCAAAGUCCUCUACAAGCAAAAACAUGAUGCUGAAAAGGGUACAUCAAGUUAUGCGCAUAUGAAGGAGCCUCCAGAUGUUAAGCAUGCCAUGGAAGUCAGUAAACACCAAAGUAAUGUUUCAUAUAAAAAAGAUCUCCAGGACACUCACAGAUAUACUGAAGUUUCAAAUCGACCAGACAUAAUGAUGGCAACCCAGUUAACAAAGAUAAUAAGCAACGCUGAAUAUGCGAAAGGAAGGCGAGAAAUGAGUAAGGAACCAACUGUCCUCGGAAGACCAGACUUCAACCAUGCAAAAGAGGUUUCCAAAUAUUUAAGCCAAGCAAAAUACAAAGAGCAGUUUAAUAAGGAUAUGAAGAAUUACUGCUACAAUCCUCUGGAAAGUGCUUCUUUCAAGCAAGCACAACUUGCCUCUGUCUUGGCAAGUGAUGUGAAAUACAAAAAAGACCUAGAAAGCCUUCAUGAGCCAGCAUCUACCUUUCCGAACCUGUUACAGUUAGAGCAUGCCUUGAAUGCCAGCAAAAUAAGUAGUCAGUAUGAAUAUAAGAAGCUGUUUGAGAAAAGUAAGGGGCUGUAUCAUUUCGCACUGGAUACAGUUGAACAGCUGCACCACAAAGAAAACGCAGUGCUCCAAAGUCAGGUGAAGUACAAAGAGAAGUAUGAAAAAUCAAAAGGAAGGGCCAUGAUGGAAUUUGUGGAUACCCCAACUUACCAAGUUUCAAAGGAGGCUCAGAGGUGUCAAAGUGAGAAAAUGUAUCGAAAAGAAUUUGAAGAUAAACUCAAAGGAAAGGCAGCACUGGACUUAGAUAAGACUCCAGAAUUCUUGAACGUGAAGCGUGUUACCAACCUGCUCAAAGAGGUAAAGAAAGAGUAUAGAAAAGAUUUGGAAGAAGGGAUGAAAGGAAAAGGACUGACAGUGUUUGAAGAUACGCCAGAGUUGAUUAGAGUGAAAAAUGCAGCUCAGAUACUAAAUGAGAAGGAAUACAGAAAAGAUCUGGAAAAUGAAAUAAAGGGAAAAGGAGUUAAGCUCAUCUCUGAAACUCCUGAGGUUCAAAAAGCAAAGAGAGCAUCUAAAAUUGUUAGUGAGAAAGAAUAUAAAAAAGACCUGGAGACUGAAAUUAAAGGGAAAGGGAUGCAGGCUGGCACAGAUACUCCUGAAAUACAGCGAGCCAAGAGAGCAUCUGAAAUUGCAAGCCAGAAAGAAUACAAGAAACAUCUAGAAAUGGAAAUUAAAGGGAAAGGCAUGCAGGUGGGCAUGGAUACUCCUGAUAUACAGCGAGCAAAGAAAGCUUAUGAAAUUGCAAGCCAGAAAGAAUAUAUGAAGGACCUGGAGACUGAAAUCAAAGGGAAAGGAAUGCAGGUGGGCUCAGAUAUCCCAGAGAUACAGCGAGCAAAGAAAGCUUCUGAAAUAGCCAGCCAGAAAAAGUACAAAGAUGAAGCAGAGAAGAUGCUGUGCUCCUACUCUGCUGUUCCAGACACUCCUGAAAUCGAGAGAAUUAAAAACACACAGAGAAAUAUCAGUGCUGUAUUGUACAAGAAAGUGAUAGGAGCUGGUACAGCAGUAACAGAGACUCCGGAGAUUGAACGAGUAAAGAAAAACCAGCAAAAUAUUAGCGCAGCUUACUAUAAAGUGCAACCUGGUAAAGCAACUGCUGUCAGUGUCACUCCUGAGAUGGAGAGAGUCAAGAAGAAUCAAGAAAUUAUCAGCUCGGUCAAGUACAGCCGAGAUCAGCAACAGAUGAAAGGUAGACCUAGUAUGAUUGUAGACACACCUGAGCUGAGGCAUGUCAAAGAGACACAAAACAACAUCUCAAUGGUCAAAUACCAUGAAGAUUUUGAGAAGACAAAAGGCAGAGGUUUCACUCCAAUAGUGGACGAUCCUGUGACUGAACGGGUGAGAAGAAAUACCCAGGUGGUUAGUGAUGCUGCCUACAAAGGCGUCCACCCACACAUAGUUGAAAUGGACAGGAGACCUGGAAUAAUUGUGGACCUCAAAGUUUGGCGCACAGAUCCUGGCUCCAUCUUCGACAUUGACCCUUUGGAAGAUAAUAUUCAGUCUAGGAGUCUACAUAUGCUUUCGGAAAAAGCAAGACGUUACAGUAAACAGCAUUUCCGUUCUACCAGUACUUCUGGCGUUGGAGAUGACAAAUCAGAGGGCUCUAUGUUUUCUUGUUCCAGUGAGGUAACAAGGCCAUCUAACGAAGGAGCCCCUGUACUUCCGGGGGCAUAUCAACAAAGUCAGCCCCAAGGAUAUGGUUACAUGCACCAGACUAGUGUGUCGUCUAUGAGAUCAAUGCAUUCACAGCCACAUUCAGCUACCUUGAGAACAUAUAGAGCAAUGUAUGACUAUAGUGCCCAAGAUGAAGAUGAAGUUUCAUUCAGGGAUGGUGACUACAUCAUCAAUGUGCAACCAAUUGACGAUGGUUGGAUGUAUGGUACUGUUCAGAGAACUGGGAAAACUGGAAUGCUUCCAGCAAAUUACAUUGAGUUUGUUAAUUAAUACUCACCGUUAGUACUUCUGAGCUUUAUUUUGAUUUACUUAAGCUUUACAAACGUACUUUUAAGACCACAUCUUCAUUACUUCCCUGUUAAUGUAACAAUCAGUGCUCCUUUCUGGAAGUCAACACACAAUUCCUCUAACAAGUCCAAGAAGCACAGAGUUCCCAAAGUGUGCUGCUUAAACGGAUAUAGAAAAACUUGUUGGUGGAAACCUGGUGCUUGUAAUCAUGUAAAGGUUUCUAUUAAUUAGCUCCCAAAUAGGUUUCUGCCUUUACAGUAGGCUGCAUUUCCCACUUACGUUUUAAUCACAAAGCAGCUGGUAUUUUUUAUUGUGUGACUUUGAAAUUGUAAGAGGUUAUACCUUGGUGUUAAGGUCCGAGUAAUUAAAAAUCCAAGUUAACAGAACAAAUCUUUUGUUGUUGUGAUAAAUGACAUGCUCAGAAGUUGCUUACAACUGCCUGGCAGCCUUAAACAAAAUGUAUCUUGUACUUAAUGUCGGAAACUUCCUGACACACAGCUGUCUACUGUAUUUUCCCCUGAAUCUUUCAUUUUCUCUCAUCCAUAGUCCCAAUUCAUGUUAGUCCUCCCAAACUACCAGUUGUGAAUGAUCUCCAUGACAAUAGCUGUGCCUUUUUGCACAGUUAGAAACAAUUUUAGAGGGCAUUUUCUAUUUUGUUAAUUCCAACCUUUUCUAUUUCCCCUUGUAUUAACACUGUUUGUAUAGAAAUGACUGUCUUCAAAGCACUGUCUUCAAAACACAUAUAUCUAUUUUUUGUUGUUGUAAGGGUCUGUCCUGAGAACUUUGCAAUGGCAUAUAAUUGUACCCUUUACGUGUAAUGGUUCCGUGCAGGGAUGGCAAAUAUGUAGCCUUCCAGAUGUUUUGGCCAGGGAUGAAGGGAACUGGAGUCCAGGCACAUCUGGACAGCCAGAGGUUUUCCAUCCCUGGUAUACAUGGAUUGGUGGUAGGGUUUACUUCGUGAAUUGGGGCUUGGAUUUGGGACCUGACUGGCAAAGAAUGUGAUUUUUUUCCAGAGGCUUAGUUCAAGAAAAAGAUUAUUAGAUAUUUAGUAAAUUUCUAGCUUUGUGAAUAUAACUCAAGGAUUUACUCAAUAAUUGAAGCAUGGCAUCCACCUGAGAAACUUUGUCUUCCCACAAGGUCAAAAAUACAAAACCAUUAUUUCCUGUUUUCUUUUUAAAAAAUGAUAUCAGUUGCACUGCUGUCUUAUUUUAUCACUUCUAAUUAACACUCAUUGGAUCACAAAACACUUGUUAGAUGUUCCUAAACUUUUUAGGAGCUGGUGAGAGCUGGUGUGGUGUAGUGGAUUAGAGGCUGAGCUUCGAAACAGGGAAGCCCCCGAUUCAAAUCUCACUUCUCCCACCAGCUCACCAGCUGGCCUUACUUAAGUCGCUCUCACUCAACCUCAGUUCCUUAUCUGCAAAUGGGGAGACCAAUACUGAAGAUAAUACUGGUGAAUAACUUUAUAGUAUUAUAGGGCUGGGUCCAAAGGUUUCCUUCCUUUGAUGGAAAGGCUCAUUUGAUGGAAGAUGCAUUCUGUCAGUUGAAGGGAAUGUUUGGAUCAAGCCAAUUAUUAUUAACACAAGGUUAAAAAAAAUGAAAGAGCAAAAGGGAAAUACAGUGAGUUUAGUUGUCAGAAUUUGUCCCCUGAACCAGUGCAUUUCUUCAAGCCCAGCAAGUAGUGCAUGAAAACAAACUUGCUCAGACAUAUUCCUAGUUGUUUAUGCAAAUAUAAAAAAUUAAAAUCAGUACCAAUAUAAGUUACUUCCAUUCUGCAUUCAUAGUAUCCAACAUAUUAUGAAAAGGGGAGGUAUGGGAAGAAUAUAUUUUUCUAGGUACUCAAAGUAUGGAUAUUUAUGACCAUUUAUCUCUUGUUUUUCCUCCAUACUAAUAAAAUCAGGACUGGUGUGGGUGUAUGUGUGUUUAAAAAAAGAUCCAGGUCAGAGAGAGGGAAAUGUAAACCCCCAAGUAAGAUGUUUUUUAAAUAGAUUGUUAUUUACAUAGAUUGGUGUCUAAGGGCUACAAUGUAUUUUGCUAAUGGUAUGAAUUACUGAAGUUGACCUCUGAAGGUAUGCUGCGUCCAUUGUAUUGUGCAUAUUAUUAUUUUUUAAUUGUCUAAGGGAAGUAUAUUUAAACUGCUUUUAGAGAGUUUUGUUCUCAGAUGUCAGAGGACAAUGUCUCUAGCAUAACGUCUCGAACAUAGUAAGUAACUCAUAAGUACAGAAGUUAAAGAAUAGAAAGUUCUUUAUUUCUAUUAUUCUGUUUUACCCAAGAGAAGGAAAAUAAACCGUUUUUUCCAUCAGA